ACCACAGAGGAAAAGCUGCAUCUUGGCUGGGAGGAAAACAGUCAGACAGCUAGCAGCUGUUGUUUGUACGUAGCGUUACAUUUUCAGAUAUGAAAAGGUCCUAGACUAAGCGUGCAAAUGGACUGAGAAAUUCGGGCGGAUCACCAUGGAAACGUGCCGUUAGAUACGUUAGAGGAUGGCAGUUCCCCAAAGAACCAACUGUAAAUAAACCGUGUUUAAAGAGAAAAACGGGCCAUUCUUUCCGUGAUGGAGUUCCCCGAGCAUUCGCAGCAGCUCCUGUCAGCUCUGCGUUCCCAGCGCCAGCGGGGCUUCCUCUGUGACUGCACCGUUCUGGUGGGCUCAUCUCGUUUCCUGGCUCACCGGGCUGUUUUGGCCUCCUGUUCACCUUUCUUCCACAUGUUUUACUCAGACUGCCCCGGGGGCAAUGGUGGAAACGGAAGCAACAGCUCUGUCACACUUGACAGCGACAUUGUCACAGCUGCCGCAUUUGGCUUGCUCUUGGACUUUGUCUAUGAAGGUGUGCUGCAGCUGGAGGAGUCUCCACCAGUGGAGGACAUAUUGGCAGCUGCGAGUUUUCUGCACAUGAACGAGGUGGUGAGAGUUUGCAAGAGACGACUGCAGAGACGAGGCCCUCUGGCUGAGGCAGACAGCACUCGCUCCGAAGAAAGCGCUGGUGUGAGGAAGACAAUAGAGACGGGAAGAGAAGGAAGGGGGGGCGGUGGAGCUGAACCUGUGGUGGCCAUGGCAGGAGACCACUUGAAUCCAGUCGCCAUGGCAGCACCACUCUCACCAGUGUCCGUAGUGGCCGAGAGGAGGCAGUUGGAGUCUGUGAAGUCUGAGCGGAGGACUGGUGGGGGCUCAUCAGAGGCACGAGUUCAAACUCCUCUGACCCCGGACCUCGCUGAUACCACCCAGCCAGGCAUGGAUGCCCCUCCUGUGCACCAAGUUGGAGAGCUGGUGCUGGGCCUCAUCGCUGGCCAGUCUGGCCCUGCCUCUGGAGGUCACACCAGGUUGGGGACUGGAGGUCAGGGGGACGGGUCAGCACUCUGCAGCCCUUGCAGCACCACGGAGACAUACAGCCACACCAGCAACCAGCAGCCCUCUUCCUCGUCUUCUUCAUCCCUGGUCCCAGUGAGUCAGGCUGGUGGUCUUUCGGUGGUUGCUCUUUCCAGCCUCUCCCCCAGCGCACAUCAGGACAUACUACGACUGCCCCAUGACAUUGAUUCUGUUAGGAAACCCUCAGAUACUGACCAGAGAGGUACAUCGGGUGGAGGACAACAGAUGGUUAUGUUAAUCCAAGCGUCAGCACCCAACUCAUACUUAAAAACCAACCCGACACACUCGCAGAUUCAGCGUGCACCUCCCCAAAUCCGGAUCCAGAGCGCUAUGUCACUCCAACGUCAGACCUCGGACUUUCACACUACUCCUCAGACACAAACCUUUAAGGGACCUGAGGGGGAUACGGGAGCUUCACCCACCACUAUAAAUUUGGGCAGAGUUAGGACAGACAACAGUGAUGGAAAGAAUGUGAAAGUCAAAGUGGAGGCCAUUGUUAUAUCUGACGAAGAGCUGGAGGAGGAGAAAGAGGGAAGCAGAGAGAGACAACCAGUGACGGAAGUGGACGAUGAGUUUGAAGAUGACAUUCAGGAAGAGGAGCUGAACAGCCCUCAGUUUCUCCACUCCCACCCACAGGGCCUCCUACAGAUGACAUCCCAUUCAAAUGACUACUCCUUCCCUCUCUCCCCCUCCUCCUCCUCCUCUGGUGCCGGCCCUUCCACCCAGGAAACCUCCUCCUUUUCCACCACCCUCAUUCCUCCGUCCACAGCCCAGCAGCAUUCAGACCCUCCCACGUACUUCCAGGACUUUCAGGACUCUAUGGGGAAUUUUGUGGAGGAUGUCCCCACAUGUGGCGUCUGUGGGAAGACUUUCUCAUGCACGUACACACUGAGGCGUCAUGCCAUCGUGCACACACGUGAACGUCCUUAUGAGUGCCGCUACUGCUAUCGUAGCUACACACAAUCGGGCGACCUGUACCGGCACAUUCGCAAAGCUCAUGACCACACACUGCCCGCCAAACGCAGCAAGGCAGAUGUAGAGCCCGCCCUGCCACCACAACCACCACCACCUCUUACGUAACACACAAACAUACACACCAUUGUAUUUCUAUACUUAUACACACAUACCUAAACUUUUUAACCUAAUAUCCUGACUCUAAUUCUACCUUCAGCCCUAAAUGGAUUGGGGCUGCAAUUAGCGAUUUAUUUUCUCAAUUAAUCAAUUAAUUUUUAUAUCUAUAAAAUGUCAGAAAAAUGUCCAUCACAAUUUCCCAAAGCCCAAGAUGGCCUCUUCAAAUGUCUUGUUUUGUCCAACCAACAGUUAAAACCUCAAAAAUAUUAUAACACUAAAAUAAUCAGAAAAUAUUCUCGUUUGAGAAGCUGGAAUCAGA